GGAAACCUGAGAGGGUGAUUAGGAGAGGAAUGUUGGAUGCGUUUGGCUAUAAGUAUAGGGAUGCAUUGGCGCGCGUUUUGUUUGAAUCCCACAUUCUCUAUGGCUCUCUUUGUGCUUUGAGAAACCGGGAUUUUGACGAAUACCAUUCGACUGUUUUACGAACGAUUCUCUAGAUGCUUUGAGCUUAAAAACUGCACAAUUAGAUCGUCAACACAUUUGAUAUUAUAAGAACCUUCGAGAACGUGUUGUUUGAAUGUCUGCGUCUGGUUGUUAUAAUCACCAUGCAUUCAUCACAUACUAAACAAGAAGACGCUGUCCUCCCCACCCUCUACCCAAAGUCAAAACGAUCCCUCAAGACUUUCCUCUCACCAUACCAUCCUCGCCAGCUCUCGAAACUCCUCUCCCUGACUCCCCUUCGCUCAUCUCCGAUCAAGCCCCCUAUCAAACCGAUUCCCGAAUUCCACUUCUUCUCCCAACUCCCUUCCGAAAUCCGCGCCAUGAUAUGGGCUAUCUAUUUCACCUUUCCCCGCAUCCACAUCACGGCUCUCGGCUCCCAACCCACAGCUCCAGACCCCUGGCCUCUGAUGCUAUCCCGAUCACCCCAUCUCCAUCCCUCGCUGCUAAUAUCGCACGAAUCUCGCUCUAUCUACCAACAGACCUGCUGGUUAGAAACCUUACAGCGAAUGCAUAUCCAUCCUCAACCCCAGAUCUCCCAUCCGGCCACUACACCUUUCGGCUCCAAUUCUUUUCUCGCCUAUCCCGGAAGCGAUUUGGUAAAUUGGGAUACCGAUAUUUUUUGGUUCAAGGGGAUUCCAACGGUGAAGAAGCUAUCCAUCGGUUAUUCCGAAAGCCAUAUGCAGAGAUACGAGGAUGUGCGGAAGGUGGCAUUGGAUUAUGCGGUUCUAGAUUACGAGGAGGAUAGUUAUUAUUGGAGGAAGCGAUUCAAGGUUGGUUGGUAUGGAUUGGUUUGCGUGUUGUAUUUGUUUGAGUGUUUGGAAGAGGUUUAUUUUGUGCUUGAUGUGGAGGGGGGUAAGGGGACUGCGGAAGGAGAUACGGAAGUAUCGUUUGAGAUGGUUGAUGCAGAAGAGAGAGUGAGGAGGAGAUUGGAGGAUGUAAAGAGGGAAGUUGAUAAAGGUGGUGAUGGAUUAAGAUUUCCUCAAUUGGAUGAUAGAGGGAUGUAUCCAGGUUUGGAACGUCUAUUUUCUCGUCGGGAAAGGGGCUAUGGGUGGAAAGUUCCAAAGAUACGAUUUGUAUAUGCUAGGAAUAUCGGAUAAUGGAUAAACAUAUAAUACAUUAUUUCCAGUCUUACUACA